UCUGUUCCAGCAGAACGCGAGAACGCAAUUGCGCAUUUUGAAGACGCGUGAUAGAGAGAGGAAGAGAGAAAUCGAACACGUGGUGUUAGGUAUAUCAAUGCAUCUUCUUCUCAUCUAACUUUUUCUUCGGCUUCCUGUAAUCAUAUUGAAGGCUUGCAAAGUCACACUAUAAAUCUUGCUGUCACAACUAGUCACACUAGUUAAUACGCCAGUAAACGGCGGAAUGAGCGUGCGUACGCAAAAGCUACUUUUGUGCGCGCUCGUACUUCUAGGCAUCAUCUACUUCUGUACGAAUCGGCGUGGGAACGAUAAAGAUGUAUCUCUGAAGCAGCUUCUCGCUGCUGCUAUAAGAGCGGCAGAGAUUGGGGGACUGCAAGUAGUAGCAGUGCAUGAUCAGACUAAAUUCAAAAUAGAGAGCAAAGGUCAGACGAAGGAAGGCGUAAAUGAUCCAGUAACAGCAGCAGAUUAUAGAUCUCACUGUGCUAUGUAUCGAUCUUUGACAGAAGCAUUUCCAGGGAUUACUGUGAUAUCAGAAGAAACAUCGCAAGAUUGUGAUAAAAUUGUAGUUGAAGACAUUAAGAAUUCUGUUAAAAGUAUUGAAGGUUACGAUAUAAGUGACGAUAUUGUAAAUGUUAAUGAUGUAACAAUCUGGAUAGAUCCUCUGGAUGCCACCAAAGAAUUUACAGAAAAUUUACUGCAAUAUGUAUCUACUAUGGUAUGCAUAGCCAUCAAAGGACAACCAAUUAUUGGUGUUAUAUAUAAACCGUUUGAGACAAAACAGAAUUACAGUUUAUUCUGGACAUGGAGCAAUCAUGGCGUAUCAAGAAACUUGAAAAAUUUGCCCAAGGUAAAAGACAAUAAAACACCUAUUUUAAUUGUAUCUCUUUCACACGCUGGACAAGUAAAAAAUACAUCUAAAAUUGUCUUUGGCGACAACGCUAAAAUUAUUUCUGCUGCUGGUGCAGGAUACAAAUUUUUGGAGGUAGCUGCUGGUAAUGCGACAGCGUACGUUCAUACAACUGCUAUCAAGAAAUGGGAUAUAUGUGCAGGCACUGCAAUUCUUAGUGCUUUAGGAGGAACAGUGACACAGUUAUACGAUCAACAACCAAUCUAUUUUGGAAAUAAUGACGCCAAAGUACUUACAAAAGGUCUUUUAGCAACUAUGAGCGAUCAUGCUUGGUAUUCCGAAAAAUUCUUACAUGACUUUCCAUCCGAUUCACAUUAAUCAAGAAUAACUUGACGUCAAUGUAUUAAAAAAAAAAAUUAAGGUUGUAUAUAUUAAAAUCUGUUUAUAAAACUUUCGUGUUUUAAAAAAUAUCAAUAUAUGUGCUCAUGUAGGUAAUAAAAUCACAUAUCUUCCAA